AUGCAGACUGCUUCUACAAACAUUUUUGAAAAACUGUGCAAUAAGCGUGAAAUUUCCUUGCUACAAAAUAUUCCACAUUAGUGGUAUUCUAAUAAAGUAGAAGCCACUGGGAACAACAGCAACUCGGCCACAAAGCGAUAGGCCACAUAAAAUGACAGAGCGGGGUCAGUGCAUGCUGAAGAGCACAGUGCGCAGAAGUCGCCAAAUGUCUGUUGAGUCAAUAGCUAAAGACCUCCAAACUUCAUGCAGCCUUCAGAUUAGCACAAAAGUGUGUAGAACUUCACGGAAUGGAUUUCCAUGGUCGAGCAGCUGCAUCUAAGCCUUACAUCAGCAAGUGUAAUGCACAGUGUGGAAUGCAGUGGUAUAAAGCAGACAAGUCACACU